AUGGGGAAUUUAGGUGCUGGCAAAAGCAAAUUAGCUUCAUUAACUACAGCUAGCUUAUUAACUAACAUUACUGAUCAAAAAUUACAACCAUUCAAAAGUGGUGAUGAUCCUAAAGGUAUCACGCAUGGUGUCUGGAUGUGUGCUCGACCUUUAAAAAAUCCAAACAAAAAACGAGGCUCAAUUUUAAUUCUGGAUUGUGAAGGCAUGGGUGGUAAUGAUGUGAAAACAAAUAAUAAUCUAUACUUGUUUUGCAUGAUUGUAAGUUCUGUAUUAGCUGUGGUUUUACGACCAGCUCGAAUCGAUCGUGAACAAUGCGAUCGUUUAUACGACGAAUUAUGUCGGUUUCAACAUAUGCAAUCUCCAUGUAUCUUACCAUCUACUUGGCUUGUACCGUUGGAAUUACCCAUUUUAAAGUGUAAUGAUCAGGUUGUCAGUUCUGAUCAAUGGAUCGAAAAAAUAUUUACUGUAGAUGAGUCAAGCAAUAAUUUAGGAACAACACAACAAAAAGAGUUACAAAAACGAUAUGAUUUUAUUCGGCAAACGCUACCAAAUAUCAAUGUUGCUAAUCUAACGUAUUUACCACAUGAAAUGAAAGAUAAUACUAUGACAUUGAAAACAAUGAAAACAACAAUGAAUAGUAAAUCAUCGAAAGAUUACCAUGCAUCCUUAACAGAAAUGCUAAAAAAAUUCAUGGAUACUCAAGGUAAACAAUUACCAGGUAGUAAUUCUAUUCCGGCAUUGAUGGUUCGUCCAGCUGAACUAGCAUUAUUUAUGAGUGAUUUAAUUGAUGUUAUUAAUCAAGUUAAAGAACCUAAUCCUGAUGAGCUAAUUGGUCGAUGUCUAUUGAAACGAUUCGAAGAUGAAAUUGUUAAGAAAACUGAAGCAGAAUUUCAAAAGGAAUUCUUAAAUACGGCUAUGAAAUAUGCUAAAGAAAAGAUUGAAAAACAAGAGACAAACUUCGAACCAGAUGAAAUUAGUAAUAUACUUCAAGAUGAACGUCAUCGUCUAAUUGGAGAAUAUAUCAAGAAAAUGAAGACUUUAGCUGCGGACAAGAUUUAUGGUUUAAAUUCAACAUUGUUAUCAUCAGAAAACUUCGAACAAUCUGUAGACGCUGCGCAAGCCAAGCUAAAUUCUUAUACAGAUUCAGAAGAAUUACUUGUCAAGAUAAAACAUAUUUACAAAAAUGUUCAAAAUGAAGAAGAACAGACACGUAUCAUCUCUGAAGAAACUGAUAAACGAUUGAAGACAAUUGUCGAUCGUAUUUGUCGCGAAGAAAUAAUUAACCAAGCAAUUGAUGGACAAGAAUUGCAAUGCGAAUUAGAAAGAUGUCGUACCUGUCAUCGCCAAGCCGGUAUUGUUAGUAUUAUUCAUCAGUGUUCUAAUGGAAGACAAGGUAAUUUUUAUCGUUAUGACGAUAAUCGAAUGGUUUGUGAUGCAUGCAGAGACGUGACAAAGAUUAGUGUCACAUCCAUACAUUGUACUUCAUGUAAUAAUCUACGACGUUUUAAAAACUUCAUCAACUAA